CCCCCCCCUCCCCCCCCCCCGCCUCUCUUUUCCUUCCCCGCCCCGCCGCGAUGGCGGAGACCGAGGAGAGGAGCCUGGACGACUUCUUCGCCAAGCGGGACAAGAAGAAGCGGAAGGAGAAGAGCAACCGCGCCGCUGCCGCCGCCGCUGCCGCCGCCUCAAGCGCCUCCAAUGCCGCCUCCAACGCCGCCUCCUCCAACGCGGCGGGGGCGGCGGCGGCCGGAGGAGCCCGCCAGGCCGAUACCAGCGGCGCCGGAGCCGCCGCUUCCAACGCGAGCGCCGCCAAGAGCAAGGAAGAGGAUGAUUGGAAGGAGUUUGAGCAAAAAGAAGAAGUUGAUUAUAGUGGUCUUAGAGUUCAGUCCAUGCAAAUAAGUGAAAAAGAAGAUGAUGAAAGUGAAAAAAGAGAAGAAACUGGUGACAACUGGGAGGAGACAAGUGGUGGUGUAGACAGAUCAUCUGGUCCUUGGAACAAAUCAGCUCCUGCACCAGCUCCUGUUGUUGAACCCAUUGUUACAGAAACCCCAGAACCAGUUCAGACUGGUGGUGUAUACAGGCCACCUGGUGCCAGGGAGGGUGGCAGGCCACGGAGAGUGCAGCAAGGACCACCAGAAAUCUAUAGUGAUACGCAGUUUCCAUCACUGCAGUCCACUGCCAAGCUUGUAGACAGUCGAAGGGAUAAAGAAAUGGAGAAGAGCUUUGAAGUAGUAAAACACAAAACUAGAGGUAGGGAUGAGGUCUCAAAAAACCAGGCACUUAAACUUCAGCUAGACAACCAGUACGCUGUGCUUGGGGAUCAGUAGAGCUGCAUAUACAUUACAAUUAAGGAAUGCUUUUUUGGUAACCCUUCUACUAAGGUAACUAAACUACAGCUAACGGCUAUGAUGAACAUGCCACCUUAUUUCUGCUGGAUCUACUGCAGCAAGUGCAGACUUCUUUGACGUAAGUGAUUGGUUCUCCUGCAGUAUGGAAGCAUAAUAUGUUACAACUUCUCCAUUGGAUAUGGGGCAAAUUAAUGUAAAUGAACAAGAGUCAUCAGUGUUCUUUAAUUGCUCAGAAAAAUAUCUACAGCCAGUGGUCAUUUCAAAAUCUUUUUAUGUUCAGAUACUGAGCCUUCGUAAAGGUUGACUACCUCAGACUUGCUGCACUCAUUGUGGACACCAUGUGGAUCACAACUUCUGGAAGAGAAGGUUACAGCUGUUUUAGUGGCCAUCUGAAACUUGAAACCAGCUCUACUGGAUUCCUGUCAGAAAUCCUGCAGAAGUCAGCCAUUUGGUUCCAAUUUGCUAUAACAAAGAUUUAAGUGACCUUAAUGAUGAACGUAUUUUGUUCCCCUUCUGAGGAAUCCUGUCAUGUGUAGCCAUAGCCUACUAGAGACUUCCGGAGCGUAUCAUACCACUCAUGCUAUCCAAGUAUAACAGAGCUGUAGUUUGUUUACCUUUUUAGAUAGCUGUCCUGAAGUAACUGCAAACCAAAUUAAAACUCAAUUCAGUAUCAGAUUUGAGGAAUGAUGGGUUUGACUGGUCUGUUUGCAUUAGCCGUUUUCACAGUUGUAUGUUGAAGCAUUUUUUGAUUCUGUUCUCCACAAAAAAUUGCCUGCCUUGUUUCUGGUAUCAAAUCACAGUAUAUUUAAGUAAUGAAAUGUAGUGAAAUAGGGUUUCUUUUUGUUUUUCCUUAUGAGAUUUGGCUUUCUCGGCCUAAAGCACUAAGACUUGAGAAUUUUGAUUUGACGCAGAAGUAUCCAGACUCCAAUUAUCAUCUUCAGAAUUUUCUUUUAAAAAUUAGAUACAUGGCAGUGGGGAUAAUAGAAAAAAAUUCUCCACUAUUAAAAAGUUGUUUGAUGAAGGCUAAUGGUUACUUGAUAUCCAAAAUAACAGUAUGCGGAGAGAUAACUAAAGCUAGUAAGCCUUAUUUGUUUGGCUACUUCUGAAGCAUGCAGGUUUUUUGAGGCAGAAAUCCUCUGAGUAAAACUCAUAAAUGAUGUUUAUUCAAAGUCAGGAAGUUUAGUAGUAAUGGAAGGCAGUGACUUGUAUAAGUUGUCACUUCUGACUUAAUUUAGUGGAAGUAGGCAAAAUGGCACUGAUUCGAUGAACGAAAACUGUCAAGUACCAGAAGUGUCCUGCUGUAACUCUUUCUCUUCUCUGAAUUCUUACAUCAGAAGCAAAAUGAAGUGUAUACAAUAGUGGUGUGCUCCAGUGUUGAGGCUUCUCAGAGUAAAUGCCAAAAAAUAAACACAGCAUCUAUAAGAGUUGCCAAUGGCAAGAAAAACAAGGGAACAAAACAAAACUUACGUGUGUGGGAGUACUUUGUGCGGAUGAGGAUAGUGCAGGAAUUGCCUAGUUGGGUUCCCUUUGACUAACUGCUGACUUGCUUUAAAUCUACUUUCUGAGGCCAAUGGGAAUUUUGCCGUUGGCUUCAGUGGGGCUGGGGUUUCACCUGGUUCUUUUGUGCACAGACUAAAACUGGCCUUGCCCUUGCAGAGUUAACUGUCUCUAAAACUUCUGCUAGAAGCUGCUAUUAAAGAGAGGGCUCAAGAGACUAUUCUUAAAGAUGGAAACUUCAUUUGGAAACAAAACCCCACUGAAAGACCCAUAUCAAUACCUUGGACUCUGAGCCAUGUAUCUUCCUUGAAAAUACAUUGUUGCCAGAAAAACUGAUGAUUUGUCACUAAAGGUCUCUGUGAAAUUCAUGGUAAAUGGACAGGUCACUUGAUGUGGUAGAAAUGUGAAAUCUUAAAGCGCUUUUCUUGAUGUUCAAAAGCGGUUGAGAUCACCAGUGCACACGAAUCAAGUUUUAGUCUACUGUAUGAAGGGUAGAUGAGACUGUCCAUUGUACCGUCUUUAUUUGAUGUUUUGGGCAUGAAUUCUGGCAAUUCAAGAAAAACUUGUAACAGUUUCAAAUCAAAUAAAAUGGAAAUAUACAUGGAUUCUGGAGUCUAAUGAAUCUUUACCUUCUAGUUUAUGACCAUGCAACAGCUGAGGAAACAGAGCAUUUGGAUCUCUUAAGGGACAGGCCAUGGAGUGGGUAGUCAGCCUUAUGGUCAAGCGCACUGUGUUUAAAGGCUCAUAGUGGUGCAUAUUAAUAUGAUUUUUAUUUAUCCAUAUAAGUUUAGUUUGCUGCCUGUCAAGGUGUCUUCUUAAUCUCACCAUAUAGGACUGGUUUAAGAUUGUGAAUUGAGUAUGAAUGAAGCUUUGAUUCACUUUUCACUUGAAAAAUUAGACAUUGAAAAAGAGCCUCUGAAUGGUUGCUGUCGCCAGACUCCAUCAGCUUCUGACAACUAGAGGUAUUAUUUUGGGGGCUGUUCUUAAGCAUAUCAUUCCAGGUGCUUUCUAAAGGCAUAAAGGAAAAAAAAAAAAUCAGAAAUGCAGCAUAGGACAGAAUGUUAAACUAUUAUAAAGUGUUUCUUGUGUUAAAUAUUGCUGCUAGCAAGUAUCAAAAUGCCAGUUGUCAGUAUCUUCCUUGUAACAAUUAUUCUGCAUGCCUGAAAUUUUGAAAGUCAGUCCUCUGGAAGCUCAGUAUGCUUUUGAGACCCUGAAGUCCAACUUUUUCUGGUUUGUUCUUGCAUUCUUUCAAGGCAUGCUAAGAAUGUCCAUUCCUUCAGAAUGCUUGUUUGAAGGUUCAUUCCAUAAAUUGAAAGAUUAUCAGUUGUAGAAAUGAGAUUCUUGAUACCAGCCAGUAAAAUGCAGUUGUGUGUCACUUCAGGAACUUCCUAACCUGUAACGUGCUUUUAUGGUGGGUUUGUCAUUAAUUUCCAAUUUAAAGGUUCCAUUUUACUUUCUCUGGCUUAAAAUAAAAACACAACCAUGAAGUUACCAAUUUACUGGUAGAACAUUUAAAUGUCCAGUACUUACUGAUAAAGGAACAAUUUGGAUUUGUGGUUCUUGGUGAUACAGUCUAUAUUUAAGGAAUGUUAAAAUGCCAAAAACUAGACAAUUUUAAUAAAAUUUGACUUCUCAAAUGCCUGCUGUAGAAAUCUGUCAUCUGUAUUUACUUACACUCACGCUAAGUGUAGGAGAGGAUUACUUUUGCCCCGUCCCCAUCCCCCACUGUAGCUGUGCCAUGUUUAAUCUUAUUCAUAAAUGAAGAGAAAUUGACCACUAGAAGUGAUGGUCUUCUGCUACUUCAGUUUUGUCUUUGUAGGUAGCUUUACCAGUCAUGUCCAAAGCCACUCUCCUACAAAGCAUACGAAUAGAUGGACUUUUAAUGGCACAAAUCAUGUUAGGGACCUGUCCCCACAGGGACCUGCGUUUUUGGUAUUUGACCUCAUCUGUUGGCUUUUGGAAGCUCUUUCACCACAAUGUGGCCAGAUGCCUGCACUGUUUAGGUCAAGUAAACACAAUCUAAAUUUAGUAGGGCUGCGCAUCUUGGAGUUUACUUAUCUGAGCUUUUGCAAUAAUUGUAUCUUUUUGUCUUUCUGAUUUCAGCCUGGUUGAGCAGUUUUGAACUUGCCUGUGGUUUUCUGUCAAAUGGAGCAAAUAUUUGGUUUUUUAGACUGAUAGGGCUUUGUGUGCUUAGAAGGUGCAUCUUUACAAGGUAAUAAUAUUAUUCUUUCCAGUACUGACGUGGUCAGAGAAAUGAGUACCUCAUAAUUUACAUGACUAAUUUGCAUCAGAGGCCCAAGAAACUAAAUUUUAUUAAAAAAACAUCGAGUAACUAAAAAUCUUUAUGUGUAAGCACAAUCCAGGUUUCAUUGCCUGAUUGUAAUUGAGUUUCCAAGUUCUCCCUAUCUAUUUUCAGCGUUUAAUUUCACAAAUUGGUUUUAAUGGUAAAUAGGCCUUUAUUUUGUGUAUAUAUGAAAAGAAUAACAUGGUUAUUUAAAUUUCAGAUAUAUAAAUUAGGGAUGUACAAAAGGGGAGGAAAUUGAUAUGUAUUUGCUGAUCAAUCAUUUAUAAAAAGUUGAAAAGCUUCUCUAUAUUGAGAUUAAUAUGAGAACCUGCAAGCUCUAGCAGAUGGAAGAAGAAAUGACAGCAGAAAAGAGAACUAAAGGGUCUUGAUUUGGAUAAGUCGUAACUAUCAUGUAUCUAGAGUUUGGCCUCUGAAGCACAGUGAACUUGUGCCAUGUUCUGUUUGAAGUGAAAUAGAGCAGGAAGGAAGAUUUUAAAAAAAGAAAAGGAGAGUGGAAAUUAUGCAAAUAAAACACAGGAGGUGUAGGAAUUAAGGGAUUAGGAAGGCCAUUUUCUAAAUGCUGGUAUUAACUGGAUAGCCUGAGGCAGGGUGUGGGAUGUAAAUGGUUGGAUAGAAGCGCUGCAUGGGUAAGCGCUGCAUGGGUAAGCGCUGCUUUGACAAGUGGUAGAUCGAUCUGGCCUUAAAUCAGCAAAAGUGUUUAAAGUUCAGUUCUUGAGGAAGGCAUCCCAUUUUAUUUUUUCUCUUUAAAGAAAAGAAUCAGGAAAACCUGUCCAGAGAGAAGGUAGAAUUUUACAUUGGUACGAAACUGUUUAACCCGUUGACCAAAGAGAAC